AUGCCAGGGGGCGGUGCCAGCGACGGCCCGAGGUCCAGGGGCCGGGCUGGGGUCUCUGUCACACCCAGUGACCCAGGACCCAGCACUGGCGGCUUAGCUCGGGCGCCUCCUGUGCCGCGCUCCGAGGCCAGGAAUCCCCCACGUGCGGCUGGUAUCCUGCAAGAGACAAGAGGGCAGUGCCGACAGCCCCUUCCUCCAGCCCCACCCCCGCACGCCCGUCAAGGCAGGAUCGAGCCCACCCCGCCCCCACCCUCCCUCAGUGCCAAAGCCGUUCCCGUCUCACCGUGGGACCUGCUGACAAGUCCUCGUACCUACUGUCGAAGCCUAAGCACCCCGCUCAAGUACUGCCUCCUACAUGAAGCCUUCCCUGACUUCCUCUCCCUGGCGACCUGCAGGGAUGCACCCACCAGGAGCAGCACCCUCCUCCAGCUUCAUCCCCAGGAAAGCAGGGGCGGAGCCACCUUGCAAGCUGGGACUGUGGGGGUGGAGACCGAAAGAGGAAAACCCACAGAGGAGGAGAGGAAGGAGAAACCAGCAGUGGCCCACUGGGCUCCCUGCCUGCCCUACGCCUGUGAAGGUCAGAUGGGCUCAGCAGAAGGAAGGCACACGGGGGCGGAGCUUCCUAGUGCAGCCAAGCCCCUGCUUGCACAACUCAGAGUGUCCCGUCAAGGGGAAAAAUUCUGUUCCUCAGAGUGGCCGGCCUUCGAGGUCGGCUGGCCAAGGAACGGCACUUUUAACCUCGAUAUUAUUUUACAGAUUAAGGCGCGAGUCUUUCAGCCAGGAUCCGAUGGACACCCUGAUCAGGUGCCCUACAUUACCACGUGGGAGGAUCUUUCACGUAACCCCCCUCCCUGGAUAGAACCCUUCUCCUUCCCGACGGAGCCCAUACGGACCCCGAUACCCCCUCCUCCUAUCCCGGUUGUGCCAACCUCCUCCCUAUACCCUCUGAAGGAGAUUCGAGAUCCAAAACCUGACAAGCCACCGGUUCUUCCGGCUGAUCAGGACUUUCUGCUCUUUGACUCUCCCCCACCCUAUCUUCCCAGCCAGCCUGCUCCCCCGCAGGAACCCCCACAACAACCAGAGUGGGAUGUGCAACCUUCUGCACCAUCCCCUGAUUCCACGAGGGCAGGGGAAGAAGUCUCAGCGCCUUCCCCGCCCUCCAGCCGCCUGCGCCUCCGUCGGGGGCAGGCAGGGGGCUCGGGAAGCGUCUGGACUUCUCAGGCUUUUCCUCUUCGCUCGGUGGCUGGCCAGAUGCAGUACUGGCCAUUUUCUGCUUCCGAUCUUUACAAUUGGAAAACCCAUAACCCCUCUUUCUCUCAGGACCCUCAGGCUCUGAUUGGGCUGAUCGAGUCAAUUUUAUUGACUCAUCAGCCCACCUGGGAUGAUUGUAGGCAGCUUCUGCAGACCCUCCUCACUACUGAGGAAAAGCAGCGUGUCUACCUUGAGGCACGGAAAAACGUCCCUGGAGCAGAUGGCCGACCGACCCUACUGCCAAACGAAAUCGAGGAGGCGUUUCCCUCAACCCGUCCUGAUUGGGACUACACCACCGUUGCUGGUAGGGAGCGACUUCGUCUUUACCGCCAGAUUCUCCUUGCGGGUCUCAGAGGGGCUGGAAAGCGCCCCACCAAUUUGGCCAAGGUACGUGCAGUAGUGCAGGGGGCUGAGGAAACGCCGGCAGGCUUCCUAGAAAGAUUAAUGGAAGCCUACCGUAUGUACACCCCGUUUGACCCCCUGGCAGAGGACCGGCAGGGAGAUGUAAUCAUGUCCUUUAUAGGACAGUCAGCGCCGGACAUCCGCAAUAAAUUGCAGCGGCUAGAGGGGCUUCAGGGGUAUACUAUACAAGAUUUAAUGAAGGAGGCAGAAAAGAUUUACAACAAAAGGGAGACCCGAGAGGAGAAGGAGGAAAGGAUCCGCAAGGAGCAGGAGGAAAGGGAAGACAAAAGAGACAAAAGACGUAAUCGAGAGCUUAGUAGAAUUUUGGCCACCGUAGUGCAGGAUACAGAAAGGAGUAGACCAGGACAGAAUAGGGACUUGGGAGACAAACGAAAGCCUCGGGUGGAAAGAGAUCAAUGUGCCUAUUGUAAAGAAAGAGGACACUGGGUCAAAGACUGCCCGAAGAAAACACAGGGACCAAAGAAGAGACCAGUUCCAAUCCUGUCCCUGGAAGAAGAGACUAGGUGAGUCAGGGCCAGGAGCCCCCCCCCUGAGCCCAGGAUAACCCUUGAAGUGGGGGGCAGACCGGUAACCUUCCUGAUUGACACGGGAGCCCAGCACUCGGUACUGACUUCAGAAAAAGGGCCUUUAAGCUCCAAGACUUCCUGGGUUCAGGGGGCAACUGGAGGGAAGUUAUAUCGCUGGACAACCAAUCGAGAGGUCCAGUUAAGUACAGGACUUGUGACACACUCGUUCUUACUAGUGCCAGACUGCCCCUACCCCCUCCUGGGCAGGGACCUACUCUCGAAGGUAGGAGCCCAAAUUCACUUCCAUGAGAAAGGAGCUACCAUCACAGACUCAGGAGGGCGGCCCCUCCAGGUAUUAACACUACGCUUGGAGGACGAACACCGA